AUGGUUGAUGGCGAUCUGACCGACCAAGAUGUUGUGAAGUUGAGCCUGAGGUCGGCCGAGUCAGAAUCUUCAGACUAUGGCAGGUGUAUCCCCAGAUCCGCACCCCCCGGCCGGUCCGAGCCGGAUCAAGCCCUAUCAAGCCCUCGGGGACCAAAUCUGACCCAAUUCCCAGCGGCGCUCGGCGGCGGCCACGCUUGGAGGCACGAACUGCUCAUCCCGGACGAUCGCUGUGAGCCUCAUGAUUAUCGCAUCCGGCACUCUUCCCAAGUAACAGCUAUCACCUACCAACUCACCUGGGUGUGUGUGGUUUUCCCGAAACUUUACUGUGAAGAAAUCGCCUCGGUUGGGACCCGUCAGGAUAAGAACAUAGCAUCGGGUGUUACAAUCAGGGACCCAACAAAACAUAAAGAUCAGCGCCAUGGUACAUACGGUCGCGCUUACAUAAUCGGACUGGGAGCUGAGUCAGGACUCAGAGUGAAGUAUAACCGAAGCGGCAAUGGUGCCCGAGAUCCUAGCAGUCACAGUGAGACUAUUCGCGCCCAACUGCCACUUCGGAAACCAGAAGCAGAAAAACAAACGUCGAAUUCCUCCCCAUCGCCUCGACUCUCAGUACCUCAAGGACCCGGAUCGACCAAUCCGGGGAACUUAGUUGUUUACAGAACUCCUUUAUAUUUCACCAACGGUGGGAUCAUCUUGACGAUUUCCCAACUCUGCAAUUCUGUCACUUCUCAAGCCUUUAUAUGGUGCCAGAUCAAGGUCUCAGGUCCGUUCGAUGAAUAUAGGCUCACCCAAAUCCUAGCCUUGCUGGGAGUUAUGUACGUAUUUGGAUAUAUGGGGUAUUGCAGUUUGGCCCACUGUUUCUUCGUGACGGGUUACUAUGGCCGCAAAACUUAUGGAUGUUCAUCAAAAAGAAUGUUCAGAUGGAUUUCACCUCCCACAUUAAUCAACACGGCAUCUAUUUGCUACCCACUUCUCACUAUCGCUACGAUCAUGGCCGUCACCAUCCGUCUAUUUCUUGCUCAUCGUACCUUUUCAAAUGAGCUAACCAAGCUUCUGAGAAAUGUAAAUCAAGGCUCUGCAAUUUGGGAGAAACUUCAACACAAUUCGCUAUCCUUGGAGGAAAAAUUGGUGACUACAAACCGCCUGUCUCGGCAAGACUUGCGCAUCAAGGAGCUGGGCUUGGUUGUUCAAGAACAUCUCGAUGCUGUGCUUCGUUGUUUCCAAAUUUUUUCAUGCACCGUAGCUUCGUUCUUAUGCGUAUGUUGCCAGCUGUUUAUGUUUUCAUUUUGGAAGCUAAUUCGGAGUAACCUGCGAGAAGCAAGCAAACCAAAAAUAACGCUUACUAUCGCUACCAACACUCUCAAUUAUGAGAGCCCAGCCGAUGAAAGUAGCCCCCAGACUGAUUUGAUCAGCGUAAACCAAGUCCAGUCUGGUGCUAUGCUAUCAAAUCGUCAACUUACUUAUUUAUCAAUAAGGGCAUUUGCCAUCUUCAUCUCCAUGUCAAUUGUCACAGUCUUAUUACUACUCUUGGCCUUCAAACCGUCCAAUUUUCUCUUAGACCCUUAUUGGCGAGGAGUUAUGGCAUGGCUAUCGUCAGCUGGGAACACAUUUUCCGCCAUCUGCAUCGCAUUUCAUUCUUGGAAGCUGUUUGUUGCACAAUCCAACGCAACAGGUACAGAUUCACAGAGUAUCCUUUUGUCAAGCAAUGGCUUAAACUCCCCAACUAGGCAGUCUGAAGGUAGUCCACUUUGGCAUCCCGGAGUUAAAAUUCAGCUUUGUCGCAAGGAUAUCACCGCCAUCAGACAGCAAGAAUAUGAACUAGAAUAGCAUUGAAUGGUCGAUGUAUUAUGGAAAAUAAAAUGUAGGAUCAGUAGGUUCUUAUUGAAUAUGUCAAUCUCUUUCCUGUAAACAUGAUUUGGUUACAAUAUGGUAUUGUUAUGAUUCUACAGCCCCCUUCAUCCACUUCUGGGUUUAAUUUUUGUUAUUUGUAUUG